CUGGUUCUCGGACAGAAACAAGCGGAGCUGUGCGGGUCCUACUGAUCGUGCGUUCGGACUCACGCACUGUAGAAGGUGGAAGAAACUUUCCUCCCGCAGAGACGAGCUAAACUCCCCGGGACACGCAGCGGGUCCAGAGAGACGCGGUGAACUGAACCAUGUCGGCCUCAUCGGCGAAAGUCAGCCGGAAGGAGAAUUCAAACCACGACGGAGCGGACGAGACCUCCGAAAAAGAGCAGCAGGAAGCGAUCGAACACAUCGACGAAGUCCAGAAUGAAAUCGACAGACUGAACGAACAGGCUAGUGAAGAAAUUUUAAAAGUAGAGCAGCAGUUCAACAAAUUACGCCAGCCGUACUUCCAGAAGAGAUCAGAACUCAUAGCCAAAAUCCCCAACUUCUGGGUCACAACAUUCGUCAACCACCCACAAGUUUCAGCUCUUCUCGGCGAGGAGGACGAGGAGGCGCUUCACUACCUGUCGAGGGUGGAGGUCACCGAGUUCGAGGACAUCAAGUCGGGAUACAGAAUAGAUUUUUAUUUCGAUGAGAACCCGUACUUCGAGAACAAAGCCCUCUCCAAAGAGUUCAACGUGAACGAGAGCGGAGACCCGGUCUCCAAGUCGACUGAGAUCAAAUGGAAAGCUGGAAAGGACCUGACGAAGCGUGCCGGUCAGACGCCGAACAAAGCUGGAAAGAAGCGGCAGCACGAGGAGCCGGAGAGCUUCUUCACCUGGUUCACCGACCACUCGGACGCCGGCGCUGACGAGCUGGGAGAAGUGAUCAAGGACGACAUCUGGCCCAACCCGCUGCAGUACUACCUGGUCCCCGACAUGGAAGACGAGGACGGUGACGGCGAUGACGACGACGAUGAAGAGGAGGGUCUGGAAGACAUUGACGAGGGGGAGGAGGAGGAAGGUGAAGAUGAGGAUGAAGAUGGUGAUGGAGAAGAUGGAGAGGACGAUGGCGAUGAUGAUUAAACGUUAACCUCUUUCCCUCCGUCUGUGAUCGUCCUUCAACCCGUUGGAGCAAACUCUUUUGUUUUUUUGGGGGGGGGGUUUGUAGAAAAAAAACAACAACCGCAAAAAACAACAUCCUCUUUUUUUCCUUUGCUGUGUGUUGUUAGGCUGUCCGUCCUCUUCCUCUGCAGCCGUGACCUGUCCAUCAUAUAAUCAUGUCUGAAGGUCACACGGGUCGCGGGGGGUUCUGUCAUUGAGCUAGUUCCCACCCGGCGUUUACAUCCAUCCUGACAGAUCCGAUCACACGUGCUCAGGUGUGAACCGACUCGACUGUGACAUCAGAACGAGACGACUCGAACCACACUGGGAAUGUGUUCACUCAUGUUUCCACUCUGACUGAUUUCUACUGAUUUAUCAAACGCACAAACACAUUGACGGACACACUGCCAACUCAGACUUGGUAAAAACGUUAGCUGGUUUGCGCUAACACAAAUCAUGUACAUGUUUAUUUGCAUAUUGAGCAGGAAGUGACCUCAGAUCACAAGCGGUCACAGGGACAUUGAGGUGUGAGCGGACGACCUCAUGUGAACUCGUAUCUCUCAGGAUGACUUUGAACACCAGGUGUGAACGGGGAUCAUUGUUUCUAUUCAUCACCCAAAGACAUGUUAUAGAAUAAAAAAACAUUCUGCACGUCAUACGUAAAUUUAAAAUACGUACAAUAGCAAUUUUUUGUGUAAGAUAGGAAAUGACAGUUUCUGUUAAAGUUGUGAGUUCAAUUGUAAUAAGCCACGGUGCAGUGAUAACCCAGUCAUAGCAUCCUAGCCACUUUUAUAUAAAAAAAUGUAUAUUAUAAUAUAUCCAGUGGUGAGGGCCGAGGCUUAUUAGAAGUUGCAUUUUCCUUUGUGACUUAUUGUUCUAAUGGAACUGAUCGAACGCACCAGCUUGUUUCUUUCCAACUGUUGUAAAUGUUUUUUGGGAUGUUCCUGUGUGUUAGUCAGAGGGUGAUUAUGCACAGUUUAACCCGGGGGGGCAGCAGCAGCGCAGGUUCUGACACUGACUGGACUUCUGUUUAAUACAUUUUCAUGAUCUUGUUUUACAGGCAGCCACAACAAAGUUUGAAAUGUACAUUUUUUAUAAAACAAACUAAUUUGAGGUCUCUGCGUAACAUUUUGAGACGGGAGAGAAAACGAUUUCUGUGGCGUUUCUCCUGUUCCACUGGAAACCUGUUAACGUUCAACUAAGUGUACCAGUUGCUUUGUUACAAUAAAUAAAUGUGUACAUGAUGA